AUGGACAGUGAGCUUUACUAUAACAUCAACGAAAGUGCGAUUGAUCAAUCGGUUGAUAAAAGAAUGGAAGAGUACUUAAAAAUAGCUGCAGAGACCAAAACCACAAAGUCUAUGAUAUUCCCGUUCUCUGGUUAUCAGAUGGUUAUUGUUCCUGCUGUAAAAGACUGCAUUACCAGGAGCAAAGAAACCCAGCUGCCAAGAGAGUUAGAGAAUUCCAUGAGCGUCUGUAUAGAGUAUGAAGCAAGGAAAACAAAGCUCUUCAAGAAAACAUCAAGUGAUUUAAUUUUACUUCUUCAAAGCAAUGAGCCCAGCCCAAGCAUUCUUAAAAGCAUUACACAACAGCUCAAAAAAGAGGUGAAAUAUUUUUUGAAGGACUUAAGCCCGCGAAUAAAUGAAUACUUAGCAACUAAAUUAGAGCAUAUUUCAAAAGAAGAAGCAAAACAGCUUGCGAAUAAAAUAGACAUAACAUGCCGAAUAAAUCUGAUUGAGAUAAGUGCAGUAGAGUUAGGAGGAGUGAGUAAUCUGGAAAUUCUUCUGGAGAAAUUUGCAAAAGAGAAUAGCAUACAAGAAGAAUCACUUUUAGAGAAAAUGAACAAAUUAUAUCCAAAGAUACCAGCCAAGUAUAAUGAGUAUCAAAUGAAGUAUUUAAUGGGGUUUAUGCUGAAAGUGUACAAAAUAGUUGCCGGAGAAGUUCCUAUCUCUGAUACUGCAGCAAACACUCUGAAUCAACAGGGAAUAACACUAACCGAAGUACAGUAUUUAGAAGAGUUAAGAAGAUUCUAUAGCCAGGUGAUAAGCAGUAUUCUUGGAACGGCAGAAUAUACAGAGAGUUUAGUAGAAUUACUUCCACAAAAAAGCUCCAGAAGCAAAUCAAAAAUCGCAGGCUACAAACAGUUUAAAUAUGGCAUCUUUAUACUAUUACUAAUAGUUUUAAUUAUUGUAAGUUGCUGGGUUAUUUCACAUAGACAAGAAUUUAAAUUGUAAUACGCUCUGAAAGGCCUUAAACAAAUUUGAGUUAUACUAUUUUAAAUCACCAAGAAUGAAUAGAAAUAUAGCCCGACAUAACAGACAUAAGGGCCAUGGACGCAUCGAUAAGAAUGGCUGAAUAAAUGCAUUUAGAC